CAGGUUCGUACCCGUAGAUCUCGCGAGAAGACUAGGCGACUUUCCCGGCUGCCGGAAGCCGUGGAGUUCUCCAGGUUGUCUGUAACCUCGGCGUGAUGCCCUCCCCGUUCUCGGUCAGAGCCUUCCCGGUCAGCAUCCCCGCGGUGAUCAUGGAGACAGACUGGACAGAACCAUGGCUCCUAGGGCUUGUCGUCUUCCACCUGAUGUGCCUACUUCUCACGUGCUUCUCAUCACAGAGGUAUAAACUACAGAUUGGACACUUCCUGUGCCUAGUAUUGUUAGUCUAUUGUGCGGAGUAUAUUAAUGAAGUGGCUGCAAUGAAUUGGAGAUUGUUUGCAAAAUAUCAGUAUUUUGAUUCCCGGGGAAUGUUCAUUUCUAUUGUGUUCUCGGCACCAUUGCUGUUCAAUGCAAUGGUCAUUGUGAUUAUGUGGGUACAGAAGACUUUGAAUGUGAUGUCUGACCUGAAGAGGAUGCAAGAAAAGAGAAAGGAGAGGAAAAGGAGAAGAAAAGAAGAAUAACGCCUAGCUGUUGCCGUGGACCUUGUUUUUCCUCUGGCUUGGUUGUUUCCAGAUAUAAGCUGCACAUGGCCCAGAUGUUCCUUUGUCAGCAUACUCGUGGUUUGGAAAUGGAGCCCUCGAUAAAGUUUCUUAAAAGAACUAACAUUGUCACCUGGAUGCAUGUUGAAUGUGAACACACAUUUGCAUGGUGGGAGCUUUCUGGUUCAGCCAUGGGAAGAGUCUUACCCAGCUUUUCAGUUUGCUGGUAUACCUCGUUAUACUAGGGUUCACUCAAUUUUGAGUGUGGACACUGAGAAAUAAACAGCACCACCACGUUGUGGCACCACUA